AUGGUUUUGAUUUUUUUAGUAUUAUCAAUUUUAAUAACAGAAUCAUUAAAAAUAAAAAAUGUAGAGAAUCUUUCAAAUAAAUUAAAAGAUAUUUCAUUUCUUUAUAACUCACAAAAUAUCACGGACAAAUUCACAGUGUUAUCACAAUUAAUACCAAAAGUAUCAGAUUCUUUUGAUUCUUUAGAUGGAUUCUAUUCUCACACGAAUACUAUUAAAGACCAAAUUAUUUCAGAGAUUAAAACAUUAGAUGCAUUAAUUGAAGAAUCUAUUGAUAAAUCCGAGAUCAAAAGAAAAAAAAUUUUGAAAAAUUUAAAAAAACCUAUUUUAACAAUAAAAGAUUCUUUGGUUGGAUAUCAGCUUCAAAACAUCGAGUAUAUGAAAGAAAGGUUUCAUAAAGGUGUUGAAAAAGCUUUAAAGGAAAUACCAAAAAGGGAAAAUCUUAUUGACAAACUCUAUAACGAAAUUACUCAAGGUAUUAAUUUCUUAUUAUGUAGCAUUGGUAUAAAAUUAUUUUUCUCAGCUAUUUUUAUCGUGGUGGCUUACCAGUUAGCAAAUGCAAUUAAAGAUAAUGAUCGCCCAAAUAUAAAAUUCUUUUAUCUUAUUGUUUGUGUAAUGUAUUUUACUAUUUCAAUUCAACUCAACGACAGACCAACUAUUUUAUUCCUAUUUUUAUCUGGGAUGUUACCACUCAUCUAUUUUAUAUUUAAAAACAACAAAAUAAUAUUAGGUAUACUUGUUGUUAUCACCGCUCUCCUUUUAAAUUUUUAUAAAUUAGAUCUCUUCGAAAAAUGGUAUGAUAGUUUAACUUACAAAGAAGAUUUACCCAAAGCCACUGUUUGUCCAAUAGUGUCAUUCCAACUAUUGAAGUUUCAUAAUGAUAAAUUUUAUGUUCCAGAAUUCACUGCCAACGUGUUGAAAGAUUUAACAUCACCACUUUAUAUCCAUUCGGAAAUUGGUAGAUAUAUUUACAAAACUACAAGAUCAAGUUUAUAUACAAUAAUGUUGCUAAAAGAAGAGAUUAAAAACAGUUGCGAUAUUAACUUUUCUCCAACGAAUCCUUUAACACCAAAUAAACUUGGAGAUGGCUAUAGAUUGACACAUGGAAUUUGGGCCUAUCAGGUUAAAAUAUCAGAUAUUAAUUUAGAAAACCUAUCGUCAGAUUUAAAAAUUUCUUUAGAACGACUAAAUCCCAAUGGUACAAUAAUAUUUCUGGAUAGUGAAAACUAUGAUGCAAAAGCGAACGGACAAGAUAUAAUAAUUAUCGAAAAUAUUUUAAUAUCAAUUGUAUCCUCGUUUUCAUAUUCAGAGUAUUUCCGAUAUCCUCAAGAUUUAAACACUUUUUUUGGUCUUAAACCAUCUUUAAUAGAAAAAUUAUUUGGACGUGUAUAUAAUUUUAAAGAAUUUAAAUCCUCUUCAUUUUUUUUAUCAUUUCAUUCCGAAAAUUUACUAAGGUUUUAUUCCAAAGUUAAAGAUGAAAUAGAUUUCGAACCAUUUGAAAUAUUCUAUUCCAAUUUAAAUGAAGAUAAAACUGGAGAAUACGACGAAAUUGAUAAAACAAUCAAAAUUUUUUGUGGUAAAAACAUCAACUCUUCAGUAAUAUUACCUGCAACCUCAGAAGAAUUCAAACUAUUCCAAAAACUUCCCUAUGCUUCCACUAUACCAGAACUUAGUAUAACCUACUCCAACUCAAAUCAUACCUUACCCAAGGUUAUAAAUAACCUAUCAAUUAAAGAACUCAAUGGAUCCGAUAUUCUAAACAUCAUAAAUAAUACUUUGAAACGUUAUCUAAAAUAA